AUGGCGUCGACGGCACUGGAAGCCGUGCAGGACUGGCUCCUCCGCUUCCCGCACCGGCCCAUCAACCACUCACUGCCGCCAAGCCUCAUCCUCUACCUCGUCCCACCACUGCCUUCGCGCCAGACGACGGCCAUCUGCCUCACCCUCGUCGCCCUCAUCGCGAUGCGCCUCUACUUCAUCCUACCCGGCCCAGUCUCGGACGAUUUCCUCCGCCGCGCCGCUUCCAAGUCGCCGUCGGUCGGUGGAACCAAGAAGGAGGGGGAUCAGCAGGCUGAGAGAAAGGUCAGAGUGGGUCUCUUUCUCGGAUCAGGAGGGCACACGACCGAGCUGCUCCAGCUCCUCCGCGCCUUGCCACCAGGGCGAUACGCCGAACGUCUGUACCUCUACUCGUCCGGCGACAACUUCAGCCUGCAAAAGGCACGCGAGUUCGAACGGACUCUCGUCCCACGCUCCUCGGACGACACACCACCGCUGCACACGCUCGAGGUACCGCGGGCCCGCCGCGUCCACCAGAGCUUCCUCUCCACCCCGCUCAGCCUGCUCUACAGCUUGGCCUUCUGCAUCGACCACAUCGUCAGGCGACCCCUCGUCGACGCCCACAUCACCCGACGAGCCCAGUGGAGACAGAGGCGGGCGCGGCAGGGAUGGAACGACGACGGGGCGAGGUGUCCCUUUGCCGACCUCGUCCUUAUGAACGGACCGGGUACCUGCGUGCCCAUCGUCGUGUCCAUCUACCUUCUCAAAUUCCUGGGCCUACCCUCGCCCAAACUCAUCUACAUCGAAUCCUUCGCCCGCGUCAAAUCCCUCUCGCUCACCGCCAAACUCGUCCGGCCACUCGUUGAUCGCUUCGUCGUACAGUGGCCCGAGGCAGCCGGCCCCCUCGGCGGAAGAACCGUGUACAACAAGUGGCUCAUCUGA